UGCAGCUGCUCUUUGAGGAUCGAUGUGAAGGUACCAAACCGGAUUGGCACUCUUCCAGAGGCUAAUGGUCGUCGUUCCAACGCAAUCUUAGGCUUUUCAGCUCCGGCCGUGUGUGUCCUCUCAUAGCUGACGACGACUCGGAGUUGCAAUUUUAUAGCUUCGUCGACCUCCGACCACCGUCUCCUCCUCGUUUCCUUUUCCUUCCGUUCCCUUUUGUUUCCUCCGGCUUCUCUCUCUCUCCCUCCUCCUCUUCUUCGUGUAAGUGUGUGAAACCAAACUCUACAACACCGUAAGCCAUGGAUACCACUAUGACAGUCUGCUCCAUGUGUGGUGAUAUCGGCUUCGCCGACGAGCUGUUCCAGUGCAUCCGAUGCCGCUCCCGUUUCCAACACUCCUACUGUACCAACUACUACGAAGAGGAGGGAUCGGAGACUGUUCGAGUCUGUGACUGGUGCUUAAGAGAAGAGCGAGACGGAGCUAAACGUCGCGGCAUCCAUCGGAAGAAGGUCACCGGAGGAUGUACUUCUGAAACCAGCAGCAAUAAGGCCGAGCAAAGAAGCGAUCGAGAGGAGAGUCGUCGCGGCCGUGGCAAGAGCAGCGGCGGUGCUGCUGCUUCCAGGCCAACGGCCCGCAGGUACAAGCUACUCAAGGAUGUCUUGCGCUGAGCUACUAAUACUACUUGCUAUCUAAGACUCACAGAGAUGGAUAAGUUUCUAUACUUACUAUAUGAUCUCUCUCUUCAGAUAUAGCAAACACAUGCACAGCUAGUUCUGUACACGAUGCUAGUCUUCGA